AUGGGUUCCGAUCCGAGGCAGAUGUGGGAGAACCUCCAGAAGAACAUGCAGCGGGUGCAGCAGCAAGGCGCGAGGUAUGGGAAACAAGGAUACCAGCAAGCUGUAGGAGCGGUAUACUGAGUGCAUGCGAACAGAUUCGGCGGUGCUGGAGGCGGCGCUCCAGGUCCAAGAGGUGCUCUGACGGGCCUCGGUGGUCUAGUGCUACUUGGUGGUGGCGUAUGGUUCUUCAACAACGCUCUGUUCAACGGUAAACACCUCUCGCAUGCCUAGAACAACAGAAUUCUUGCUGAUGGUGUACACAAGUCGAGGGUGGUCAUCGCGCCAUCAAGUACACGAGAAUAGGUGGUGUCGGCAAGGAGAUCUACAGCGAAGGAACGCACAUUCGAAUUCCCUGGUUCGAGACACCCGUCGACUACGAUGUUCGCGCGAAACCACGAAACGUUGCAUCGCUCACCGGAACCAAGGACUUGCAGAUGGUUAACAUCACCUGCCGUGUCUUGUCGCGACCCCGGAUAGAUGCUCUCCCUCAGAUUUAUCGUACACUAGGAUCCGACUACGACGAGAGAGUACUUCCAUCCAUCGUGAACGAGGUCCUGAAGAGCGUGGUAGCCCAGUUCAACGCAUCGCAGCUCAUCACUCAGCGUGAGAACGUGUCGAGAUUAGUGAGGGAUAACCUGGUGAAGAGAGCAGCGCGGUUUAACAUUCUGCUGGACGAUGUCUCCCUGACUGUAAGUUCUCUUGCAACAGUUCUGCUUCGCAAAGUCGGAUACUGAUGCAGAUCGCAGCACCUCGCCUUCUCUCCCGAGUUCACUGCCGCAGUCGAAGCGAAGCAGGUUGCUCAACAAGAAGCGCAACGAGCUGCCUUCGUCGUCGACAAGGCUAGGCAAGAAAAGCAAGCCAUGGUCGUCCGCGCUCAGGGUGAGGCCCGCUCUGCAGAACUCAUUGGUGACGCCAUCAAGAAGAGCCGCUCGUACGUUGACCUGCGAGAGUUCGAAAACGCACGAAACAUCGCUGGCAUUCUGCAGCAGAGCCAGAACAAGGUGUACCUAGACACAGAAGGCCUGGGUCUCAACAUCAGCCAGAGCUCUGGUGAGAAGGCUGCGGGUCGGAAUCAGAAGUGA